AUAUAUCUGAAAACUACUAUCAGUUUCUUUUAGUAUAAGAAUGUGGAGAAACGACUAUCAAUUAUAUACUAUAUCAGUUUGUGAACAAAGUGGGAAGAGGAGUAUAACCAACCUAAUGAUGGAAGAAGAAAAGAAGAAAGUGGUGGAAGGAAGAGAAACCAUGCCCCUUCUCACUCCAUUCAAAAUGGGAAAUUUUAAUCUAUCCCACAGGAUAGUUCUGGCACCAUUAACAAGAACAAGGUCUUACAAUUUUGUGGCUCAAUCUCAUGCUGCUCUCUAUUAUUCUCAACGAACAACAAAGGGUGGCUUCUUGAUUGGAGAAGCAUCAGGUGUGUCGGACACUGCACAAGGGUACCCAAAUACACCUGGCAUUUGGACAAGAGAACAGGUGGAAGCAUGGAAACCAAUUGUUGAAGCCGUUCAUGAGAAAGGAGGCAUAUUCUUUUGUCAACUUUGGCACGCUGGAAGAGUCUCCAACUAUGAUUACCAACCUGGUGGGCAGCCCCCAAUCUCAAGCACAAAGAAGGCACUUCAAAAGGAAGGUAGCAGCACUAAGUACCCACCUCCUCGCCCUCUCACAACCGACGAAAUCCCAAAUGUUGUCAAUCACUUCAAAAUGGCAGCCAAAAAUGCCAUAGAAGCAGUUAUAGGUUUUGAUGGAGUGGAGAUACACGGAGCCAAUGGAUACUUACUUGAUCAAUUCCUAAAGAACAAAGUCAAUGACAGAGAUGAUGAGUAUGGAAAUAGCUUAGAGAAUCGUUGUCGCUUCCCACUAGAAGUGGUGAAAGCAGUUGCUAAUGAGAUCGGAGCGGACAAAGUUGGUGUCAGACUUUCUCCUUUUGCUGAUUAUUGUGAUUGUAGAGACUCAAACCCUCAAGCAUUGGCCAUUUACAUGGCUCAAUCGUUAAGUCAACUAGGCAUUCUCUAUUGUCAUGUAAUUGAACCUAGGAUGCAAACCAUGUUUGAAAAAUGUGACAACAAUGUGUCUUUAAUUCCAAUGCGGAAAGCCUUCAAUGGUACUUUUAUUGUUGCUGGGGGAUAUGAUAGGAAUGAAGGUAACAAUGUGGUGGGUAGUGGUGGUGCGGAUUUGGUGGCUUAUGGAAGACUGUUUUUGGCAAAUCCAGAUUUGCCUAAAAGAUUUGAGUUGGAUGCCCAUUUAAAUAAGGUUGAUAAAAGCACUUUUUACACAAGUGAUCCUGUUGUUGGAUAUACAGAUUAUCCAUUCCUAUAAAAUGUUAGCUAAAGAUCAUAGAAAAGGCAAAAAGCUUUAUUAUACAUAUAAUUGAAGGGAAAUUCAAGAAUUUUACCCCCUGGCUGUGUUUUUUUUUCAUUUAUAGUUUGGUGCAUUGGAAAGGAAUCACCAAUUUAUUAGCUUGUAUUCUAACUUAUUAUAUUUCCAGCUAAAUGUAAAUAAAAUACCCAGCAAUAUAACUGCAUUAAAUAAC